GGAAAAACUCGAUAAAUAUUGCGGACCCCGUAGUGUCAGCCGUGAGGGCCAGCAGUACUCGUGGAGCGUCUAACUGUCUCAUCUGUUCACUGGUUCUCUGAUGGCCGGCCAGUCUGACAUCCUGACGAUGACAAGGGGUGUCUCAAUAAACACUCUUCCGGUCGAGCUUCUCUACGAGAUACAGCUCUUCUCUGCAUCUCCCUCUCUCCCUCUGACAUGUAAGACUCUCUACAGGAUAUUCAGCGCAUCUCCGCCCUCCUAUCGUGUCCAAUAUCUUAUCGCAUCUAUCGAAGCCGCACAAAUUAGGGAUGACUUGAUUCCCUCGAAACUAUUGCGAUACCCAAUUUGCACAGUGGACAUAUUAGAAAUGUUGUUUCGAAUAUCAGGCGAUAUCAUACCUUUAACCUGGAUACCAGAACUCCCAAGACGCCUCUUUCGUUCGCUCACACCCAAGUCGCGCGCAAAGACGCCUUUGUGGACAGAUCAAGACCAUCCGCUCCCCUUCCUAAAAUAUUUGUUCACUUGUCCGAAAAUCCGUCCCCCAGACGUCAACUCGCAUGAUGGCUACGCCCUCACGAAAGCUGUCCAGGCGGGCUUCGUGCCUCUAGUUCACUUUCUUCUUGAUCAUGGCGCUUCCCCUCGUUGCAAAAAUAACAUAUCAAUCCUUGUCGCUAUCUACCACAAGGAUCUCUCGCUUGUGCGACUGCUUGUAGAAAGGGUGGAUUGCCGGGAACACAGUCCAGAGGUAUUGACGCAGAAGGGGAAGAGGCAAAAAUCGGAGGAUCGAGUGCAAGUAACACCCGAAAUGCUCAAGGUUGCGGUGAAACUCGAUGCGCGGGAUAUUGUGGAAUAUUUUAUGAAAGAAAAAGAAUGUGUGCCCGAUUUGCAGACUCUACAGAUGAUGCGAUGACUUUGUAAAUCACAACGUCCAUCCAAUUCAUCGUGGAGUCUCAUGUUCAAGCCAUCCGUACUUCUACGGGAAGUAUGUCAUAGUGGAGAUACAACGCUACCUUCAGUCAGGAGAAUCAAUACAAGU